GGGUUAUUUCCUAUAUUCUCCUCAAUGCUACAGUCGGCAAAAUGAAUAUGGUUCCACUCGUUUUGCUAAUUUUCCUUCACUGCUCUCAUGGACAGGCUCCUCAGCCUGAACAGAUUCACAUUUCAGCCACAGGGGAUCCUACAGAGAUGAUGAUCACAUGGACAACAAUGGCUGCCACAAACUACACUAUUGUGGAAUACAACAAAGCCGGUUUUCCUCUUACACUGCGGGAAUCUGGUAGCAACACAAAAUUCACUGACCCACAGUCAGGAAAAGUAAUAAGGUACAUACACAGGGUGAAGCUGACUGGACUGGUUCCUGGUCAGAGAUAUGAAUAUCGUUGUGGAGGGUAUGAUGGUUGGAGUUCACUUUUUGCUUUCAAUGCUAUGAAGUCUGGUGAGGACUGGAGUCCAAGGAUUGCCUUUUAUGGAGAUAUGGGAACUGUAAAUGCUAAAUCUAUCAGCUAUUUGCAGGAAGAUGCUCAAAAUGGAAGAUAUGAUGCCAUCCUUCAUGUGGGUGACUUUGCAUAUGAUCUGUUCGAGGAUGAAGGACGAAAUGGAGAUGACUUUAUGAAUGAAAUCCAGACAAUUGCUGCCUAUGUUCCCUACAUGACAUGUCCAGGAAAUCAUGAACGUUACUACAACUUUUCCCACUACAAAAACAGGUUCUCAAUGCCAGGGAAUACCCAAGGGGUUUUUUACAGUUGGAACAUUGGUCCUGCACAUAUUAUCAGUUACUCUACAGAAGUCUACUUCUGGUUGGAGUUUGGAAUUGAGCAGAUUGUUCAGCAGUAUGAGUGGUUGAUCAGAGACCUCCAGGAGGCAACACUUCCAGAAAACCGCAGUAAACGUCCCUGGAUCAUCACCAUGGCUCACAAACCAAUGUACUGCAGUAAUGAUGAUAGUGAUGACUGUACUAAAGCCAACAGCAUAAUUCGCACUGGAAUAACCUCUAAGCAUUUGUGGCCUUUGGAAGAAUUGUUUUACAAAUAUGGUGUAGACAUGAUGUUUGAAGCUCAUGAGCACUCUUAUGAACGACUGUGGCCUAUUUAUGACAUGCAGGUUUGCAAUGGGUCUUUGGAGGAGCCAUACACCAAUCCCUGUGCCCCCGUUCAUAUCGUCACUGGUUCAGCGGGAUGUUAUUCUAAGCAUGACGCCUUCAAGAAGGAGAAACCAUACUGGACAGCUUUCCGCACUGUGAAUUACGGUUUUUCGCAGAUGACAAUCUUCAAUAAGACGCACAUUGGCAUACAGCAAGUUGACGUCGAUCUGGGAGGAGAGGUUGUUGACGAAAUAAUGCUGAUAAAGGAUGUUCAUGGACCAGAGGCCUGGGUUAAGAAGGAUGUGAAGAAUUGAAAGCUGAGGAAAACGGCGAUAUUCACUACAUCGCCUGUCGGAAUCUUG